AUGCAGAACACGAGCACCACGAACGCGGAAUUGGUGAACUCUAACAGUAUCAACUGCACACAACCAAUGACCGUUCGCCUGCUCCCUGGUGUGCCAUUACUGGCCGGCCCAUUUUACACAAAUCCUUUGUUCCCAUGUUUUGAACAGAUGCGCCAUGCAUCACCAAAUGUAUCGGUCGCUGAUCUACUAUUACCAACACCACCAUCAGGUCCACCUCCUCCACCGCCCCCUGCAAUGGAUAAAUUGUUCUCAAUGCAACAAUCCUAUUUUCUAUCUUGA